GUCCCUCCUCCACCACCACCUCCAAUGUAUGGAGCCCCAACACCACCCCCUCCCCCAUCUUAUGGAGCCCCACCACCACCACCUCCUCCAGGGCGUGGAGCUCCGCGCCCUCCACCUCCUCCUAUAGGUCGAGCACCACCACCACCUCCUCCUAUUGGUGGUGGGCCUCCUCCCCCACCUCCUCCACAUGGAGCACCUGCUCCACCGCCACCUCCUGGAGGUCGUGUUCCUGGCCCUCCUGCUCCACCCGGGCUUGGCCCUCCUGCUCCGCCUGGGCCUGGCCCUCCAGGUGGUGUACCACCUCCUCCUGGAAGAGGUCUGGCUGGAGGAAGAGGGCGUGGUACUUUACGUGGGGCAGCUGGUACAGCACCUCGAAGGUCUUCCUUAAAGCCUUUGCACUGGAGCAAGGUAACAAAGGCAUUACAAGGAAGCUUAUGGGAUGAAUUGCAAAGACAUGGAGAGCCUCAAAUUGCGCCAGAAUUUGAUGUUUCAGAGAUUGAGACUCUUUUCUCUGCAAUUGUUCCAAAACCUGCUGACAAAGGGGAUAAAUCACGUCGGAAAUCAGCUGGAUCAAAAACAGACAAAGUCCAUCUGAUUGACUUGAGGAGGGCAAAUAACACUGAAAUUAUGCUCACUAAAGUUAAGAUGCCUCUCUCAGAUAUGAUGGCUGCAGUGCUGGCAAUGGAUGAGUCAGUGUUAGAUGUUGAUCAAGUAGAAAAUCUCAUAAAGUUUUGUCCUACCAAAGAGGAGAUGGAACUUCUAAAGAACUACACUGGUGACAAGGAGAACCUGGGAAAGUGCGAACAGUUUUUUUUGGAGCUGAUGAAAGUGCCACGAGUAGAGUCCAAGUUAAGAGUAUUUGCAUUCAAGAUUCAGUUCGGUUCUCAGUCUCUUGCCUUGGUUAUUCUUGGUUGCCUAGCAUGCAUAGCCUUAACUUACAUCCUACUGCUGUCGCAGGUAGCAGAAUUUAAAAGGAGCUUGAAUAUUGUAAAUUCUGCUUGUAAUGAGGUCCGAAAUUCUGAGAAGUUGAAGGCUAUCAUGGCAAAGAUUCUUUAUCUUGGGAAUACCCUGAACCAAGGAACCGUAAGGGGUGCUGCCAUUGGGUUUAAGUUGGACAGUCUUCUAAAGCUCACUGAUACGCGUGCUUCUAACAGUAAAAUGACACUCAUGCAUUAUCUUUGUAAGGGCCUUGCUACCAAGUCACCAGCACUUUUGGAUUUUCACCUGGAUCUUGUCAGCCUUGAGGCUGCAUCUAAGAUACAAUUGAAAUCUUUAGCCGAAGAAAUGCAAGCUAUAAUCAAGGGAUUAGAAAAGGUCAAGCAGGAGCUGGUUGCUUCCGAAAGUGAUGGUCCUGUGUCAGAAGUAUUUCAUAAGACCUUAAAAGAUUUUAUUUUGGUUGCUGGGUCAGAGGAAGCAUCUUUAACAAACCUAUACUCUGUGGUGGGUAGGAACGCAGAUGCACUUGCACUAUAUUUUGGUGAGGAUCCUGCUCGUUGCCCAUUUGAGCAAGUUACCGCAACUCUCUUAAUUUUUGUGAAAAUGUUUCGAAAAGCACAUGAAGAGAAUUUGAAGCAGGCUGAAUUGGACAAGAAGAAAGCUGAGAAGGAUGCUGAAAUGCAGAAGGCUAAGGGAACUAACCCUAGGAAGAAGACUGAGGUGGCUGAGGAUUGAUUUCUUUCUAUUCCUGCAAAGGAAUAAGCUUCUUGCUUGCAGCAACAUCUGCCGCAAUAUUUUUUGUUGAAAGGCGGCAAAUGCUGCUUUUGAGACCUGCUCGGGUGCCUCCUGCUUCUCUUGUUGUCGCUCUGGUAAGACUUUAAAGGUGAUGUGAAUGAGGAAAAGAGCAAGUCCUGAACGCUUGCAGUUGCAGACAGUGGACUAAACAUAAUGCUUCACAAUGUAUAUCUGGACUGCGCGAUGCAAAAUACAAUGAUUAUGGUCAGACAGCUUUUUCAACAGUAGAUUUCAGACAGGCCAAAUGUUUAAGCAUGGUGUGGUUAUAGAUCAUUCUCUGAGCAGCACUGGUUCUGAGCUUAAUCUACCAAGAUGAAUGAUCUGUCCCUCCCAGCAUCAUUCUGAACAUAGUAUACCAGGUUAUGUCAGUUGCAGUUUUUGUCAUUCAUUGCAUGAUUUUUUCAGCAGCAGAGCAGAUGCUAAAGGGAUUGUAAAGCAAGAAGAGUCCCACUGUACCAUGAAAAACAUGUACAAAGCUCUAACCCCCCGCUUACAUUAGAGUGCAAUUCUUUCUUGUAACAUACUUGUUUUCCCAUGUCACGAAAAGUAGUCCAUUACUAUGGAGAUUGUAUAGGUUUGUUAGGUUUAGAUAGAGAAAUUAGGACAGAUUCUCUUAGGGUAGUUGUAAUUUAGAUCCCCACACUCUUGAAAACUGUUUUGUUUAUUUUUCUGAUUCAGUAAAACUACUAAGGAAAUGAAGGAUAAGAUUUAUUAUUCCAUUACAAGACAGAUUCUACAUGAAGAACAGGUCCUAAUAAUAUAAAAUUCUUUAU